CUUGUCACGCCGUUUCCUUCAUACACACAUAGCCUACAAAAUCAAUGGGCAAUGGUCAAUAGACAUCGACGUGAAUAAUAGAAACAAUUUAGUAAUAAAUAGAAACGUUUACUUAAGUAAAUCAGUGUAAUGGCAAGUUGAAUCACUUGGGAAUCAACACACGUAGCGAGCAGACAUGACGGCGCAUAUUGUUCUCACCGUUAUAUUGGGGUUUACUUUUCUAGCAGCAAAUCGAAACUUGGCUACCGGAGCACCUAGCUUCUCCAUAGACUACAACAGGAACUGCUUCCUGAAAGACGGAAGGCCGUUCCAGUAUGUGUCAGGAAGUAUUCACUACUCCAGAAUCCCUCGCUACUACUGGAAGGACAGGCUUCUGAAGAUGUACAUGGCUGGACUCAAUGCAAUACAGAUAUAUGUUCCGUGGAAUUUCCACGAGUCCGUGGAGGGGGUAUACAACUUUGCAGGAGAUAGAGAUCUGGAGCAUUUUCUGGAUGUAGCCAAUCAGACAGGCCUCCUGGUGAUUCUGCGCCCCGGGCCAUACAUCUGUGCAGAGUGGGAGAUGGGUGGACUACCUGCGUGGCUGCUCCGAAAGCCCAAUAUCAUCCUUCGCUCAGCAGAUAAAGACUACCUGCAGGCUGUGAGCAUGUGGCUGUCCGUGCUGCUUCCCAAGAUGAAGCCGUGGCUCUACAGCAACGGAGGGAAUGUCAUCAGUGUGCAGGUAGAGAAUGAGUACGGUAGCUACUAUGCAUGUGACUACAACUACAUGCGCCACCUGCUAACAUUGUUCCGGCUCUUCCUGGGAGAAAACACGGUCUUCUUCACGACCGACGGGAACACUGACCGAGAGAUGAUGUGUGGGACACUGGAGGGACUGUAUGCCACCAUAGACUUCGGCACGGACACUAACAUACUCACUGCCUUCAAACGACAAAGGAGAUUCGAGCCCAGGGGCCCUCUGGUGAACUCUGAGUUCUACACAGGUUGGCUGGAUCACUGGGGCGAUCAGCACGCCCAAGUAGACACCCAGAAGGUCAGCAAAAUGCUGCGGGAGAUGCUGUCUAUGGGCGCCAGCGUCAACAUGUACAUGUUUGAAGGAGGAACCAACUUUGGCUACUGGAAUGGAGCUGACCAUGAUAACCGGUUCCGGUCAGUGGUGACCAGUUAUGACUACAACGGCCCUCUGACCGAAGCUGGGGACCCCACAGAGAAGCUACUGGCCAUCAGAGACGUCAUCAGGAAGUUUAGAGAUAUCCCGGUCGGCCCCAUGCCCCCAGCGUCUACAAAAUUUGCCUAUGGCUUUGUGACUCUGACAAAGGUGGGCAACAUCAGCAGUCUCCUUAGCAUCCUGUCACCCCAGGGACCAAUCAAAUCACAGCACCCUUUGACCUUUGAAGAGACGAAACAGUACUAUGGCUACAUGCUGUACCGGACCAAGCUGCCUCGGGAUCUCCCAGAGAGCACACCUCUCAUCUCUCCCCUGAACGGAGUGCAUGACCGGGCCUAUGUGUCCGUCGCUGGGGUGUUCCAGGGCCUGCUGGAGAGAGACACCACUCUGGUGAUGAAUGUGACGGGCCGUGAGAGGGACACCAUGGACGUCCUGGUGGAAAACAUGGGCAGGGUCAACUUCGGCAGCAAGAUCAAUGACUUCAAGGGGCUGUUGAACAACCUGAUUCUAGGCAGGGAUGUGCUGACGGACUGGGAAAUCUAUCCUCUCAACAUCGAUGAAGUCAUAGCUGGAGGCUGGCCUCCUGCGGGCCAGCAUCGCCCCCACACAGGCCCCAAGACAGAGUCCUUGGUGGGGCCGGUCUUCUACUCCGGCACCCUGCAGCCCAACGGCCUAUCCUGGGACACCUUCCUCAAGCUGAAUGAAUGGACCAAGGGCCAGGUAUGGAUCAACGGGGUGAAUCUGGGCCGGUACUGGCCCGCCAGAGGCCCCCAGCAGACCCUGUACGUCCCCGGGCCCCUCCUCAGCCCCAGCCAGCCCAACAACAUCACAGUCCUGGAACUGGAGCGGGCCCCUGCACACACACAGGUUCUCUUCAUGGACCAUCCUCUGCUCAACAGCACUGUCAUGAAAGAAUACGCACGCAAAAACGAUGUGCAUUAAGCGCAAAAUAUAUAUUUUUUAAAUGUAAUAUGAACAUUGUUACUCAUUAUCAUGACUGUAGGUGCCAAAUCCGAUAUCAUACAUCAACAGGCAAUUUCAAAAAUGUAUUUAUAAGCUAGAUUCUUAUCUUUACUCCUCUUUUGGAAAAAUCCCAAAAUACCCAGUUGUUUUUGCAUACGUUCUGCUAUUUCUCCUCUGGCCUCUUCCCACUGUCACUCACUAGUGUCACUCGGAGCUAGAGACGAUCACUGACAUGCAGAGACACUGCAUUUAUUUUGACAGACUGUUACAUCAUUUAUUUUGACAGACUGUUACAUCAUGUUACAAAAACUCACAUCACACACUUUUUUUUUGUUGAGGUAUAAGAAUUAUAUUUGGGGCUAAACUCAAAAUGUUCGGGGGCUGCAGCCCUGGCAAAAAUAUCUGGAGACGCCGCUGGAACACUACUUGUCACUUGGAGACCUGCUCCUUACGCCUGGGACACACUGCCUGCGAUCGGCUGCGAUCUGCUGCGACGCGCCUUGAAGCGCCUCCUUUUUUCUUUCGGCGCUCAUGUUAUCAAAUGGGACCGACCACACUGGCUGCGAAGCGCCGCGAUCUGCAGCGAUCGUUUCGGCAGCUGGUGGAAUUUUUUCGCGAGACGCUUCCGAAAUCGGCUGCAGGAUGAUGAAAUACACCAUAUUAGUUGAUAUAUUUGAAUAAAAAAACGUGUUAUUAAGAUUUUACUCCAUUAAUUGUAGACUACGGUGAACAUUUGUAAAGUUGUAGACUUUAUAAUUACACAAUGUUGGUAACGAACUUCCUUUACAUGUGGUUACCCUGAUGAAAACGAAUGAAAAUAAAUGGAUUGAUCCGUUGAGCUAGCAUGCCCGUAGUUGUUUUGUUUGUUUGAGAGAAACGAGUUGUCACGCGUUGCACACAACACACACGCAGACAUAGCCUACCGAGAAAGAACCCCCAAGUCGAUUUCUAAAAUCAGCAUCAAAUGAAUUCUCGAAGUUGAAAAGCACAGGGAGUUGUUGUAUGUCAGAAACAAUUUUACAAGGACAACGUAGAUAAGGAUCAAUGCUGGGAUAUAGCCAAUGCCAUGUUUAUGUACCAUGUCAGCGUAAAGGAAAGCUCAGAGUAGCUGAAAGGCUUGGUGACCGGCACGGAGAAAUGCGCGUCUGGUGUGAACAGCUUUUGCUCAGUCGUAGCCGAUCGUAGCGCUGCGCGGCACGUCCAGACGCUUCGCAGCCAGUGUGUCCCAGGCGUUAGUCCAGGGAGUUUUGCCAUGACAGACAGAUGAGCCAGGUGAUCAAUCUGUUUAUCAAGAACUAUAAAUUAAAUCUUAUCAGUCUGUGCAUUCUGUCUAUUAAACGUAGCACCCAGACUCAGGUUUCUGAAUCUCUUGCAACACAGUAGCUUUUAGUCAAACCUAAAACACAAACAUGAACAUGUAUGCUUUUCAGCUGGAAGUCAGGAGGUAUGAAGAACUACAAGAUAGUGUUGAGUUCAUUUUUAUUGCCUUGAUUUUAUUAAAGUUGCUGUGCCUUGGAUGCUUUUGACUUAUUACUGUAAAUAAAUUAUGUUUUUGCACUUA